CGCCCGUGAGCUUGCGCUACUCGGGUCGAGAGGAGCAGGAAGGGAACAUGAGCAAAUCUGCGGUACUUCUGGUGCUGGUGGCAUUAACUGUGAAUGUCAACGGAGAAUGUGACUAUCCUCCAGAAUAUCAGACUGCCCUAAUGAAAGAUGAACAUCUAACUCAAGGGCCACCUGACUUUGUCGAGGGAUUUACAAUCGAUUAUAAAUGUCAGAGUGGGUAUGUACAGAAGUCUGGAUCUCCAAGAAUCACCUGUACCAGUUCACAGUGGUCACAUCUGACCUUGGUGUGUGAACGCCGAUCAUGUGGAAGUCCAGGAGAGAUACUUAAUGGACACUUUAAUACUGAUGACGGUGUUCUUUUUGGAGACAAGGCUUAUGCAGUUUGUGAUGAAGGAUUCCAGAUGGCAGGCAAUGGUGUCAGAAGCUGUCGCGCUGCUGGCUGGGACGGUGCCAUUCCUAUAUGUGAUAUUGUUAAGUGUCCAAACCCUCCAGAGAUUGUAAACGGUGAAAUCACAAACCCACCUCAGGGAACUGUCACGUUUGGCACAUCUAUUACCUACAAGUGUAAUGAAGGGGUUCUGGUGGGUAAUAGGGAGCUUGUUUGCACCAAAUAUGGAAACUACAGUAGUGACCCUCCAGCAUGUAAAGGCUGCCGUUCUGUUCAAGUGGAAAAUGGCUAUAAGACAGCUGGAUUUGGACCAGUUUAUAACUAUGGGGAUUUCAUUACCUUUGCUUGUAAUCCUGGGUAUAUUCUCCAUGGCACUGACACUGUUACAUGUGGAAUAAAUGAAAUUUGGGAACCUGAACUUCCGACUUGCCAAAAAGCACCAUGUGGCAAUCCUCCAAUUUAUCCCAAUGCCGUACUGGAAGGUGAACCAAAAGGACCUUUUGUUGACGGAUUUACAAUCAGUUAUACGUGUCAGAGUGGGUAUGUACGGAAGUCUGGAUCUCCAAGAAUCACCUGUACCAGUUCACAGUGGUCACAUCUGACCUUGGUGUGUGAUCGCCGAUCAUGUGGAAGUCCAGGAGAGAUACUUAAUGGACACUUUAAUACUGAUGACGGUGUUCUUUUUGGAGACAAGGCUUAUGCAGUUUGUGAUGAAGGAUUCCAGAUGGCAGGCAAUGGUGUCAGAAGCUGUCGCGCUGCUGGCUGGGACGGUGCCAUUCCUAUAUGCGAAAUGAGAGGCAGAUGUGAAGCUUCCAGACGGUUUGAAACAGCUUUCUGACAUUCAGUCAAACAUGCUUAUGAAGAGCAUCCAGUAGAGGAAAGCUGGUCCCUGUGUACGACUGGUCUGUGUUCCAGGUUUGAGAAGGAGCUGGCAAUUAGCCUUGCCAGGGAUGAUAGGUACUGUGGUUAUGUAUACUAUACACGUAUCAGAAAAUGGAAAGGCAGUUCAAAAUAAAAAAAACACUUCACGACAUUCACCUUGAAU